AUGCCAGUCGGUUUCGGCUUCUCGGUAGGCGAUUUCCUCGCUGCUCUCGAGCUCGUCGGCACCGUCAUCGACGCCCUCCGCGAAUCCUCCCAUGCCGGGACCAACUUCCAAUCGCUCAUACAAGAGCUAUACGCGCUCGAGACCGCUCUGCUUCAUAUCAAGCGCCUUGACCUCGAUGAAUCGCAGCACGCCGAUCAGGUCGCUCUUCAGAACGCCGCCUGUCAGUGCCAACGUACGAUCGAUGCGUUUUAUGCCAAGGUACGAAAAUACCAGCCUCACCUACGAGAUGGAGGGACAAACUCGAGGCUCAGGGACGGAUGGGCCAAGAUAAAGUGGGCAGUGUGCAGACAGGAGGAUGUUGACACUUUCCGCGCGGAAAUUCGGGGCCACACUAGCAGUCUUGAAAUGCUGCUCGCGACAGUCCACGCCCGUGCAAUGGUAGUAGGGCAGUCCAGGUCGGAUAUCCAACAUCGGACACUCGUGACCACCAUCCAGUCCAUGUGCUCCGAAGUCAUGCAGAAGCUCGGCCACAUGACAAAUGCCAUCGCGCAGAAUGUUCGGCAUUGCAAGGCGCUUCUCGAAUCUAGCGCGCAGGUCGUUCAGUCUAAUAUGCGUAUUUUCCAGGCCAUCCAGCAACUUCAAGCAAUGAUAUCUACCGUACCCCCGCAGAUUGAACGCCAGCAGCCUGUCUACCUCGUCGAUGCGCUCAACAAGGAGUGCCCAUUCCACCUCGAGUUUAUACGCUCCGCGGAGGCGCUUCUCUCCGUGUUGAAAGUCAAUCUAAAAGAGUCUGGCUGCGGGCCUGGAAAGAUAGAUCGUGGGGAGUUUGUUAUAGAGGAUUGCGGGACACAUGCGCCGAUUGACAUGAUGCAGAAGUGGGAUCUCUGUUUUCACCCAGGACAGCGGGUUGCGAUGAGUAUGGUUUUUCAACAAGUGGCCCAGGAGGCUUCUUGUCCACGGUGCAGGACCAUUCACGCUGCUGCAGCCGAGGAGGAGGUUACGUGUACCACGUGUGGCAUCAUCUUCCGUCGAAUUGAACAGCUUGAUGAACGACCGGGACUCGGCUCAAACUCGAGUGGACCACGACCCCAGGCGACCAGUACCCCUAAUCAAGCCUCUUCACGAGUGCCGAGCGCCUUUGGCCCCCGCAAGCCACCAGAACGGUGCUGGAUAGAGAGUAGCAUGGCCGAUAUGGCAAAGUUUCGGCGGCUGAGAAUUAUCACCAAUUACCCGCGCAGUAUCUCCGCACCAGUGGCCGUGGACAGGCAGAAACAUUGGGCAAGAAUGCUCUGGGCCCUUUUCCAGUGCCAGAAUAAGCGGUGCUUGCGCAGCCCCGUAGAGAAAUACGACAAUUUCGAAGCAUACUUUGACGCAUUGCUGAAUAACGGCUCGGAUUGCUCAUCCGCUAUAAAUUGUCCGAAUAACGUGCAACUCAACGGCUUCGCCAUGCCUACAGUUGCUCGGACUGGGUGCAAAGGAAUCGAUAUCACGGUCACAGACUUUCAGUUGAAUGGCUCAAUAGAGAUGACGCGGCGGUCAUAUUUCCCGCGCCGCAAGGGACAAUGUCUAGCGCAGGCUGCCCAGUCUGUCGACAGCACAGCCAUUUUGCCGGACUUGCCGUGCCUGGCAGACUCACGGGACGUCCAGCUCAUCCGCAAGGACUUGACUGCCCUACUCGCCGCGGCAGUAAAACAUAAACACGCCGAAAUGAUUGAUCUAGGAGACAACUGUGUAUAUUUGGCUAUGACAUACUAA